ACAUAACUCUCAUAUUUUUUUUAAGACUUAACUUAAUUCGUGGGUGAGCUAGGGCUUUCCAAAAGAGACGUUUUUUUUAACUCUUAGUCAAACAACGUUAAGUUAAUCGAUAAAGCAUUAGCUAUUCAAUAAAUUAAAUUUUUCAAAAAUAUUGCUGCAAGAAUUAAAAGUAAAAGAUUUUUUAAUCACGAAAAAUUCAGCAAUAUUAAUCAUGAGAUAUUGAUUAAUUUUACUUUUAAAUUUUGGAGUAACUUAUAUUAUCGGGUGAAUAAUUGCAAUAGGCAUCACUCAAUUUUUUUCCUCUUUCGUCGCUCGUUUUUCUUUUUGUUUUUCCUUCCUUUUUCUUUUUUUACAGUAAGUUAGUCGUCAUUUUGUACAUAAUGUAGUAGGUGUGCAUUUAAGAGACUACUGGUAUCUCCUAAGUAUUUUUUCCAUUUACAUAUACUACAUUAGAAAAUAUUUUUGCACGUGAAACAUUAUUGAUUAGAAUUUACCAAAGCUAUAAUAAAGACAAGCCAUGAAACAUGACAGAAUAUUGGAAUAAGAUAUAACAAAAAGUAAAAAAAGAGACAUCACGAUUGAUACUUAUAAUUGUAAGGAAGCCAAAGAGUAUUAUUGGAUUCAUUUUUAUGGAAAAUUUGUAUAUCUAUCGCACAGUUAGCUUUCUAGGAAAGAUUAAUUCAUGAAAAGGUGUAAAUACAGGGCUUCCAAAGUCAAAAACUCCGACCAAGAAAGAAUAUAGAAGUGAAAAAAAAUAUUUUCUACAUAUUUUUACAUGACUGUUUUUAAUAGAACUGUAAAACUUUUAAAUAAUACAUGUAUAAAGUGUAUUUUAUUAUAUUUUCGAUUCUAUUUUAUAUGUAAAACUACAUAUGUAUAUAGAUGAAGAUUCAGAACAAAAAUAAUGAUUCAUAUAAGAAAAUUGAAAAUUUGCAAAAUAUAUUAUUAUUGAUUGAUGAUGAAAAGUCUUUAGAUUUAAGUGGACUAUUGUUUCCGAUAGAUCUUAUAUUAUUAAAACUAACGGAUAUUUUGCUAUAAGGGUAGCGUAUACAAUAAAUUAUGUAAGAAAGCAUAUUAUGUGAUUUGCUAGAAAGAAAAACGUAGAACUAUAUCGUAAGUGCCUUGGUCAACUCAAUAUAUAUUUUAUUCAUGUAUUAAGCAAGAGCAUUGGUGAAUGAAAAAAUCGUUAAUGAUUCUUUGAGUACGUAUCACGUGCAACAUUGAUCUUCCUUCAGAGGAAAAUUAGUCGUAAUUCUUUGUGCUCAAAUUGUCCUAAUAUAAUUUAGGAACUAUAUUGAAUAUUUUGAAAGGGAUGUUACAUGAAAUAAUUGUUAAGUGAUAAAAGAUAGGAAUAAUUAUAAUUAUACAUUUUUUCAUUAUUUUUACUUAGAAUGUAAUAGUUUUAUAUGGAGCAGAAUUUAGUUAAUGAUGAUAAUAAAUUGAUAAUGUUUUAGUUAUUAUUUUAUACAAUGCUUCAGGAUAUUCAGUAUAUGUAUAAUACUUUAACUUUUUUUUACGAAGUGAAACGUUCUACUUGUCUACCGCGUUUCCAAGAGCGCAAAGAAUUAUGUAUGAACUAUGAUUAUUACUUUUUCUCGGGACAAAUUGUUCCCCGUGAGAACUGUUAAUAAAAUCGUGCGAAGGAUAUUACGUCUAACAUUUAAACUCUUUCCUCAGAUAACAUAAGUGAUAAGCAAUAAUUAUUAUUUUGUACAAGACGUUUGUUAAACCAAUCUAUUUUUCCAUUUAGUAGGUAAUAAGUAAGUCGAUAUAUAUAUUGUAUAUAUAUACACUAUAUAUACUGUGUAUAUAUCUUAAGGUAAACAUUAAUAUGUUAUUAAUGUGCAGUAUGAAUUAGCGUAUAUAACAAUUUUUCGACAAUAAAGAAAAAAGCAUACAUUUGUUUAAGGAUUCCACAAUUUUUCUCAAUAAAGAUAAAGAAGAACGAUGGGCUGCCGCAGAUUGUUUGUUUGCGAUGUUUGGGCAUCCUGGAAUUCUUCUGCGACUUUUACGAUCGCUGUCAUCUGGUACAACAGGAGUUCUUGCAGGCUAGUCAAAAUAUAACAGAUGAGAAGUUCCAGCAAGAUAGCGAUGCUGAAUCUGAUAAGGAGAACGCUGUUCCAUCUGCGAAUGAGAUGAAACGGAAAGCUAAAGCAUUAUCACCUGAAAGUCUAAAGGGUACAAAAAAUUAUCUGUCUGAAAAUAAUACGUCGUACUACAGGACUGAAAGAAAAGAAGAAAACGUCAAUCUCGUAAAUAAUUCUCCUAUUAAUGAUGUUCACUCGGUUACACAAACUACGGUACAUUUAAGCAAUGUAAUUUCAUGUGAAAAAAUAUCGGGGAGUGACCAGCGUGAUGCUAGUAAUUUAGAAGAGAAUACAAACAAUUUAAAACAUAAAAAUUUAAACGACAAUAUAUCAAAAAAGACUGCAAUUUGUACAAGGCCAACGAAUAACUUGAAGAGAUCGCAAAAAGAUGAGGAGGACAUUAGUAUAAAUACAUAUCAGCCUGUAGGACGUAGAAAAGGACGGAAAAGCAAAUUGACGAGGAUGAGAGGAGACAGUUUCUCAGCAGGCAGUAGAAAAAAGAAAAAGAGGGAAGAAGAAAAAGAAAAGAUAAUCCAAAAUGAUAUGGAUAAGAGUGAUAGUUUAAAUAGUAGUUUAAAAAAUUUGGAUAACAAAUGCAAAAGAAGCUGUCUACAUGUUAUUUAUGAUAACGAUAAGUCCAAUAGUGUGAUUAAUAAUAUUGAAACCUCCUCCAAACCACAAGUUGAGCAAGAGGCAGUGAAGGAACAGGUGGCAGUGGUGGACACAUCCUCAAAUAUAAUUUAUACCAAAGUUAACGAACCUGAUAUUGUAUACAUAAAUAAUGAAAAUCAUCAUAUUGGUGAUGAUUUAGUAAUUAAUAAAUUAAGAGAAAUGGAAUCUGACGGUAAAAGCACAGAAAAACCUGGCAGCUAUUUAAACAAUACAGAAGAUUGGUCUGCAAAAAGUAAAGCAAUAUCAGUUAUUGUAAAACAAGAGAAAGGAGAAGCAGAAAGUACUCCUCCUAGCGAGGCUGAGAAGACAAAUCAGCUUGUUUUGAUUCCUAAUGAGAUACUAAUACAAAAAGAUAAAACUGUAGUGAAGAAUCAUGAUCAAAAAGGAGAAAAGGUAGAUUUAACGCGGAUAUCUUGUUCAUUGGAAGAGGAAUCUGAAAAAACUGAAAAUAGUGAGACUAAUUUAGUAACAGUACAAAAUAUUAUUAAGGAUUCUGAUGUUUCUAAUAAUCCGCAAUCAAAAAUACUCACAAAACAAAAUCGUGUGACCGUUAUAAGGUCUUCGCAAUCUAAUGAAUUAUCAAAUCCAAAGAUGAUGCAGGAAGAUUCCACAGAACCGUGCAUUGCAAUAGAUGUAAUAGACCAAAGUACUACAAAUGAGAUAGAAUGCAACCUCAGCAAACGUUCAUUAUCUCGAGUCAGUAAAGAUGGUUUUAAUAAAAUUAAAAGUAAAGAUAGAUCGUUUGGAAAAAUCUCCGAAUUGAUAAGUGACGAACAAAAACAAGCUAUUGAGACUUAUUAUACGGUGGACAUGUCGAUUGUAAAUUUGGCAGAAGUACAAAAGAACAUGACGAUAAUUAAUAAAAAGAAUAUACGCUGCAAUAUUUGUGGUUCCCUUUAUCUCAGGAUGGAUAAGUGUCAAGUACAUAUUUGGGGACAUUUACAAAUGAAGCCCUAUCAAUGCAAAGCUUGUGACUUUGCCACAGUUACUGUUACCAAUGUUCGAUGCCAUAUAAGAAAAAGUCAUUUAAAAAUUAAACCAUUCGCGUGCCAUCUAUGUGAAAAACGAUAUGUAAAUGCCAUUUUAUUAGAAGAGCAUAUUAAUACUCAUACAGGUGCCCGUCCAUACAAGUGCAAGCUCUGUGAUUUUGCAAGUUCCAGUAGACAAAUAUUAAGUUAUCAUAAUGCUACUCAUAAACCAAUGAAGGAUAUUAGCUGUAAACUUUGUGGAAAAGAGUUUUAUUCAAAAAGCAGAUUGCGUGCACACAUGAUCGUACACAACAAAGAUAAAGCUGUUAUGUGUAAACUAUGUUCUGCUUAUUUAUCUAAUGCAGAAGCAUUAGAAACACAUCAUAGAAACAUUCACAUGCAAGAUUAUGUAUGUAACAUAUGUGGCAAACACACCAAGUCAAGAAAAGCUUUACACAAUCAUCAAAAUGUUCACGCUGCUGCAAAAUACAAAUGUACUCUAUGCCCAAAUGUGUAUAAGAGUAGUCAAAUACUAAAAGAACAUCUUUUAAAACAUGAAGGUAUUAGAAAGUACAAAUGUAAUGUCUGUGAAAAGUCAUUUGGUCAGCAGUCUCAUUUAGCUGCUCACAUGGCAGUACAUAGCAAAAUUAGAUUUCAUUGUCCUGGAUGUGACAAACCUUUCAAUCGUCUGGACAAUAUGAAGAUACAUACUAAACGAUGUAAACCAUUUUUGGCGAAUCCAGAGCUAAAAAAUCUUUUAAGUAGGAGAGAAAGGACUAUAUCAUUCAAUAAUAUAGCAGAAUUAACUGCAGAACUAAAGACUGGUAAUAUGGCAAAUUCUAUGUCUCAAGUUUCUCUAGAAAACCAGAAUGAUGAAAUGUUAGUAGUAAAGACUGUGGAGGACGAACAAAAGACUGCAUUAAAUCUUUGCAAAUUAGGGCUAAAUAUUUCUUGCUUUGAACCAACAGAAAAAACAUGGAAUUCUGAUAAGAUGUAUAAUGAAGAAGUAGUAAUGAAAUCUUCUGAAAUCAAUGCAAUUAAAGUCACAAAUAUCAAUGACAGAUUAAUUCCAGAAAAUGAAAAUGUGUUAAUUCUUGAAAACAUCUUAGGACCAGAAAAUUAUUAAUAUCUUUUUUUUAUUAAAUUACGCCUAUUAUUUAAAAGUAGGAUUUUAAACAUUUUAUGUUUAACAACUUUUGAUAACUGUUUGACUAAAUUUAGAUGAUAAUUAAUGUUUAAGAUUUAAUAUUAUAUAAUAUUUUUAUACGAGAAAUACAGUUUGUGAUCAAUCGACUAUAGAUUAAAUAGAUUAUCGUAUGAAAAUCGAUUUGCACGUUAAUUUGAUUACUACUGUUCAUAUUCGAAACAGUACGUAAUUUAUCAUUAUUUUAUUGUUCGUGCAUUUUGAUGAUUCUAAAAAAUUAUUUAUCUUGUCUUGAUAAUAAAUUAAUUUCAAGACUAAAGAAAAUUAUCAGUAUAAACCUAUUUUUCUACUUAUGGAAAGGUGUAUCAAUGCGAGUUGAUACACUCUUACGCUUAUUUAGUUAUAAGAAAAAAGGGAAGACUGAUUAAAUUUAUAAUUGCAAAAGUUCCUAUUUAAAGUAAUUAGGCUGAAAAUAUAUUCAUUCACGCAGGAAUGAUUUUUAUGUGAAAGUAUAUAUUAUUAAAAUCUCUUUAUAGUAAUUAUUAUCAUAGUAAUAACUUUUUAGUUGUUCAAUUUUUUAUAUCAGAGUGACAAGUCACACGAAAUGCUUGCCACUUAAACCAAAUAAAGU